AGACGAGGUAUCUUCGGGACUUUCCGACGAAGCGAAAAGAAAAGUGGUUUUGCCAACAAUACAACUGAGGAGGCAGUUUUAUUCCCCCCAAAGGAUUAAAACAUUUUAAUAGGAUUGUUACUAUUCAAUUAUGGAAGCCUAAACACCCACAGAAGGGAUGUCCAGGAUGGGGGGAGGGGUUUGAGAGCAAAUUUCCCCAGGUCUGUGUGUAUGUGUGCAAGUUUGGGUUUUUUAGUUUUUACUUUAAAUACAGACUCACCCACCAAAUGUCAAAGUUUAAUUGGUUGGAUCGGUUGUCACUAAACGCACAAGACAACAAAGUGUACACUGAUCCUGGAUGAUCUGACUCAUGGUGCCGUCUCACAAUGAGUUCAAGGUGUUGCUUUAAUCACGUUUAAUGGAUCAUCCUUUUAUGGCACAGUGUUCUUUUAGACGUAGAUUUUGCACUGUUACUGGAAAGGUGAUGUUGGAGUUUCUGCAGUUCAGGGUUUAAACUUGUUGCUUGGUUCAGGCAGUAUUGGAAGCAAGUAAAGUUGAAAUACUGAGAAUGUAUGAGGGUAUAAACAUGGAUUCAGUCAUGUGUAAUGAUGAUGGUUGCUGGAUUACUAGUUUUUGUUUCUUUUCCCAGGAGCUGUUGUCAUAAGUUUACACUUAUGUAAAUCUCAUUUUCUUUUUCACUGUCUUUAAAGCUCCCCCUUUGAGUUACUGUUUCCCCUUAUUACUGACUUAGUUUCACUUAGUUUCAUUUUGAAUGUGACAUUUGAGCGCGUGUGUGUGUGUGGCUGAGUGAGACCUUGGGUUUUCUCAAACCCCUCUCCCUGUAAUGGACAUCUCUUUUUUCUUCCUACAAUCAAAUCCAUUAAUGGAAACUCUUCUCCAACUAAAAAAAAGCCCAUUUUUGAUGGGGUUGUGUCGUAAUGGGCCCCCACCUGACUUACAAUAUGACAACUCCUCAGAGCUUUUCCGACUUUCCACCUUUGCUUGUUUCCCGACAUCUCCGGUCACGGAGCGAAGCCUGGCGAGGGCAGGUUGGUACUACACCGGCACGGGUGACCGUGUUCAGUGUUUCAGGUGUAACGUGACCGCCGAGGGCUGGCAGGCUGGAGACUGUCCGACAGAGAAGCACAGACAGCUCUCUCCUUCAUGCUCCUUCAUCCAGAGCCUCCCGUCCACCACUAACCUGCUCUCCUCCUCUCAUUCAGCCUUCUCCCCACUCCGCAUCGCUCCAGCUAUACCACUUUCUGGUCCAGGCCCUGCUGCUCCUAACCCAGCAAUAAGUCAAGGUGAAGAAACGGUUGGUUUCUUAAACACAGCGUUCUCUGCCCUGCCGCCCUCCAGCCCGCUGAGCUCUCGUGGCGUGGAGGACAUGUCCCACCAGAGACCGACAUGUCACAACCCCACCAUGCGGAGAGAGCAAGAUCGCCUGGUCUCCUUUCACUCCUGGACACUCUCUAUAAUCACUCCUGCAGAGCUCGCAAAGGCAGGUUUCUACUACCUGGGACAAGGUGACAGAGUGGCCUGCUUCAGCUGCGGUGGGCAGCUGAACAACUGGGAGCCGGGUGACCGAGCUGCAUCUGAGCACCAAAGGCAUUAUCCAAACUGUCGUUUUGUCCGCGGGGACAGAGCCGACAAUGUGUCGCUGGCUGGCGCUGCAGCAACUGCAACAUCAGGAGUAACAUCCCAAAUGUCUGCUGGGGCUCUCACUCUCACCAACGUGUCCAACCCGUCCAUGCAGCAGAGCGAGGAGAGGCUGCUAACCUUCGUCAACUGGCCGUCUCGUAUUCCUGUGCGUCCCGAGCAGCUGGCUAAGGCUGGCUUCUACUACGUAGGGAGAAACGAUGACGUGAAGUGUUUCUGCUGUGACGGAGGUCUGCGGUGCUGGGAGUCUGGAGACGACCCGUGGGUGGAACAUGCAAAAUGGUUUCCUCGGUGUGAAUAUUUGCUUCAGGAGAAAGGACAAGAGUUUGUUCACCAGAUUCAAGCUCGGUUCCCUCGGCUGUUUGAACAGCUUUUAACAAAUGGAGACAACUCCAGAGAGUUUAUGGAUCCUCCUGUGGUCCACCUGGGUCCAGGAGAGGAGCGGUCUGAAGAUGCUGUCAUGAUGAACACGCCUGUGAUUAAAUCUGCUUUAGAGAUGGGCUUCGAGCGCAGUUUAGUUAAGCAAACCGUCCAGAGCAAGAUCUUGACAAGUGGAGAAAACUACCGAACGGUCCAGGAGCUGGUUUCAGAUCUGCUGAGUGCCGAAGACCAGAAAAGGGAGGAGGAGAGAGAGAUGCUGGCCGAGGCCAUGGCCUCAGAUGGUUUCACGUUUGUGAAGAGACACCAGGCAACGUUGGUCCAGCGUCUGAAGAGUGUCGAGCCAGUGCUGGAGCAUUUAAGAGAGCAAAACGUGUUGUCUGCUGAGGAGUACAGCAGUCUCCAGGCUCAGACGUCGGCCCAGCAGCAGACGGCCAGGCUGAUUGAGCUCGUUCUCACUAAAGGAAACGCUGCAGCUGAGGUGUUCCGCAACUGGAUCCAGAAAAACGACGUCCACCUCCUCAGAGACCUCAUGGCUCAGUCGAAUGAAGCAACUUCACCGAGCCAAGAUCUGUCAGACCUGCCAAUGGAGGAGCAGUUGCGACGCCUGCAGGAGGAGCGUACCUGCAAGGUGUGCAUGGACAAGGAGGUCAACAUUGUCUUCAUCCCAUGUGGACACCUUGUGGUGUGCAAAGAGUGUGCACCGUCCCUGCGGAAGUGCCCGAUAUGCAGAGGCUUGGUCAAAGGCACGGUCCGGACCUUCCUGUCAUAACCAGCUGAUGCUGUGGCAUCACUGUGAUUUAAUGUGCUUAGUCCUGUGCUUUUUACUGUAAAAAGUUUAUAUAUUUUACAUUUAAAGUUCACCUGUUAAGUUUAAUGGAGUGAAUUGUCCAUGCAGCAGUAGUUCACAUCUGUCUGAACUUUCAGAAACAUUUAACCCACUGUAUGUAGUUUUUUUUAUUUUACAUUUAAUUGCCUUAGCAUCUAACUGUAUCUACACACAAUCCAUCAUGCUACAACUGUAUGGAGGACAGAAUGUGAUUAAAUUAUUACACACUUAAUUAAAUGUAUAAUUAUUAA